AUGGCGUGCCCCGAUCGUUGCCCGGGACCCAACGUGCCGCACCACUGCAAGAAGGUUCCAGAGCCGUCCCUGCGAGAGCAGAUAGCUGCCUUGGCCGCUACAUUCAAGAAGACGCGCUCCCGCCAUGUGCCCACGAUCAACUCCUGGAUGUAUCGGAGAGCAGCUCCCUCCACACCCAUGCCUGCAAAGCUUGGGAUGCCCCCGAUGCCUUCUGGAGCAGCGGCUCCAGUUGAUGUUAGCACUGCAUCGGCUGCAUCCUCCAAGGGCUGGGAAGACUUGCAGGAGCAGACCAUGGAAGCGGAGGAGCAAGAGGUCACACAGGACUUGCAGCACUACUGGCACGACCCAGAAGACCAGGAGGCAGCGGAAGAGGUCGCGGAGCAGUGGCAUGCCGAAAAAGAGGAGAAGCAGGGCCGGACUUGGCGCAGCUGGGCGGAUCAGCAUGAGGAGGAGUACGGAGAGGAUGAAACGGCCGAAGAUCUGCACGGUGCGGAAGUGGCGGAAGAGGUUCUGAGGCCUCGUCCUAGGCAGCUGCGGCAGCUGCCAUCGACACCCUUGCCUGUCACUCCGGAGAACAGCGCAGCUGCCAAGCAACUCUUCAAGGCGGUUGCCGGUGUGCUGAACGGCGCCUAUGCCGAAGUUCCGGCUGCUUGCGCUGAUGCCGUGCGGCAGUGGCUACACACGGAGGAGUCCCUGGACCUUGUGACAGCCUCUGACGGCCUCGCGCUUGCCUUCCAAGCUGGGGCAGUGCCGAUCCAGGGCCUCACAACCUUAGCGUCUCUGCAGAAGCAAAUUGCAGUGGAGUGUCAGGAGAGCUUGCUGAUGAACAGCAUGGCAGCUCGAGUUUGCUGGCUAGCGGGGCAGCUCACUUCCGGCCGUGUGCCGCUCACAGAGUGGGAGACCUUCCAAAACUUGCGGAAGGCUCUGGAAGAGGCUGUGGAGGGCGAUUACCUCUACUCUGCCAAGCUUGAGUUUGUCAAAGCCUUGGCUGUCAUGGCAUGUUCAGGGUGCCAUGAGAGCCCUCUUCCUGCUAAGCUUUGUCAGAUCUGUUCAGGCAGCGGCCUGUCGCCAUGUGCCAAGUGUGCCGGCAGCGGUGUCUACGCGCAGCCUUGCCGCAGAUGCGACGGCCGGGGCCUACUGGGCCGCGCAACCAGCUGCCCAGUUUGUGGAGGCAAAGGCAAAAAGGUCCUUGGUGCCUGCAACGCUUGCACGGAUGGCAAGUCCGGCAAGCCUUGCCACGCAUGUGAUCAAGGCCGGCCAUUCUGCACGGAGUGUGCAGCUCAGCGACUAGAGGAAAGAAAGGCGGAAGACCGGGCAGCAGCACAGAGGCGUCAGCAGCGGACAUCGCAAGCGAGGGAACUGGGUCCACCUCCUGCAGGGGUGACCAUUGCUCGAGCGAGUGCAACCGACCUCGCUUGGUUGCAGAAUCUUUGGGACGAGCGCAGCCAAGACCACUACCACUACAACUACGGCUACAGCCAAGAACGAGGUGUGGUGGCAGCGUGGUCCAUCGACAACCCAUUGCUGAGCUGGCGCUUCGCCGAGCGCCGCAAAGAUCUGAAGCGACUUCUGCGGAGGGACCCAGAUGAGCUGGAUGGCUUUCACGGCUCAGCGCCGCAGAAUUACCUCUCCAUCAUCCAGGGGGGCUUCCGGUCGGAUCUUCGCGGUUCGGCUGUCGGACAGGUCUUUGGCAGUGGUGAGUACUUUGCAAAGAACCCAGCGGUCUCGGUGAGUUACUGCAGAGGUGGCCACUACAUGCUGGUUUGUCAGCUUCUGCUGGGUGAGCAGUCUCUGCAGAGUAGCAACUCAGAUGGGGACCACAUCUGGGUAGAGGACAGCCAGUACUACGUCAUCUCGCAACCGGCUCAGGUCCUACCUCGCUUCCUUGUGAAGUUUGCCAAGGAUGGCACCCAGGACACCGAGCUGGAGCGGGUUCUGGCUAAAGGCCACUGGAGCACUAAAAAGGCGGAGGACAUUCUUCCUGUCCCUGCAAACCGGCCUUGUACCAUGAGUAGAGAUUAUGCCACAUUCCUGUGGAUAGGAUUUCUGCAUGCGCAUAUCUCUGACGACCAGCUCUACGAUGACACAAUGGCCUUCCUGCAAAGCCAUGCUCCAGCCUACACGGAGGGCGUCAAAGUGCAGAUCGUUCGAGGGAAGUUCAAGAAGGCACAUGCCGUUCUCAAGAAGGAGAUGCCGCGAGAGCUCGUGCACCGUCUCAACCGUCUUCCUUUCAUGGAAGAUGGACAGCAGCGCACCAUCUGCGUGGAAGAUGGCCAUGGCUCUCCAGAGCAGGACUGCCCAAAGUACAUCGCAAAGUACUGCCGAGGUCAGAACUUGCGCUUCACCAACCCCUGCUGGUGCAAACAUCCUGGUCGGGAGACUGACAGCGCAAGGUUCUCACUAGAAUAUGUGGAUCUUUGCAGUGCCAAGGGCAACGAAAUCCAGAGCAGGUUCAUGGCAUCGGCCCCUUUCCAGAACGGAGAGCCUGUGAUUGUGGGCAUCCGCCAGGUGAAGAAUCCCCUCCUCUCCAGGCUCCAUGAAGAGUACCGGCGUUACCUGAAGACUCGGCACCGUGAGGAGCCCACCGCGCGUGAACUCUUCCACGGCACCAACAACAACAUUCACGACAUCCUUUUCCAGCAUGGUCUGCAACCUCCCUCUGACUGCAACGCGUCAGAACGCUGCCCUGUGUCAGGAGGCAAAGGCUUGAGCACCACCCUCUGCACCAACUCCUGCAAAUUCUGCACUGAGAAGCAUGAGUGGGACCGUUGCCACAUGUUCGGCCUCGGCAUCUACCUGGCAGACAUGGCGCAGAAGUCGCACCGCUAUGUGUCGCAGCCCGGGGAUGGACGAAGCGGCCGGAAACAGUACAAGAUGAUCGUGUGCUCCGUCCUGGGCCGUGCUUUCAAGGUCGAGGGCCACUUGCGGACGAAGGAUGGCAUGCACGAUGUCGCGAACGUGAAGGCGCUGGUGCCCGAGGAGCUCGAGGAGAUGGUGGAGCCCUGCUGCGCUGCUCUUCGCAGGCCCGGGAGAGGAGGAGCCGCCUCUGCCUCCGAUCUCUCUUCCGA